AUCGGCGCAGAAACACCCAAGUGUAUACUGUACAUCUAUCUAGUCAUAUCGUAGACCACCACAAUGCGCACCUCAACUCUGUCCGCUCUCGCAGCCCUUGGCGCUGUUGCUUCAGCUUAUCAGCUGCCGGCCAACCUCAAGAAAAUCUACGACAGCCACAAGGCCGGUACCUGCUCCAAGAAGCUGUCCUCUGCCUUCUCUGGCGGCGCCGUCUACUGCGGAGACCUCCCGAAUGCCAUCUUCCUCAAGGGCAAGGCUGGCAACUAUGACAACCUCGACAUUGACUGCGACGGCGCCAACAACGCGGCCGGCGAGUGCGCCAAUGACCCCAGUGGACAGGGCCAUACCUCCUUCAAGAGCGAGGUGAAGAAGUACGGCAUCCCUGAUCUGGAUGCGAACCUCCACCCGUACGUCGUCUUCGGCAACGAGGAGCACAGCCCGUCGUUCAACCCCCAGUCACACGGCAUGGAGCCUCUGAGCGUCAUGGCUGUUGUCUGCAACAACCAGGUGUUUUACGGCAUCUGGGGCGACACCAAUGGUGGGACCUCUACCGGUGAAGCGUCUCUCGCCCUUGGCAAACUGUGCUUCCCCAACGAGGGCCUCAACGGGGACAAUGGGCAUGACGCCAAAGAUGUGCUGUACAUUGGUUUCGCCGGCAGCGGAGCGGUGCCUGGCAAGAGUGGCGCCAACUGGAAAGCCAAGAAGACGGCCGACUUCGAGGCCAGCAUCAAGGCUCUCGGCGACAAGCUCGUUGCAAGCCUGCCGGCCUAGACAUUCCGGACAUAAAGCCUCUCGGUUUGGCCAGUGGCAUGUAUGUAGGGCCAGUUGGCGUCGCACAUAUAGAAAACUGCUGAAACAUGACUUGAGGGGGCGAUUGACCCAUGAAUCACCCAGGCAGCUCAAAGUACGAGUGUGAGCAAGAUGGCUCAUCCGGCGGGAGCCUAGCUCAGACACCGGCCAUAAGAGCAAGAAACGACGACCUAGAUCACAGUGAAAAUUAUCUACAGAAAUAACAUCCCACGAUAAGGUUAGUGCAGGGGUGAACGGCAGAAGGAGGCGGGGGAAAAUGUUACGCUAGAGUGUUGACGCCUUCAAUGAC